AUGGAUCAAUUUGGGGAGACGGUAAAGGAGUUCGGAAAGAACUCGCUCCGGCUGGUGAAACGGUGUCAGAAACCUGACCGGAAGGAGUUCACGAAGGUGGCAAAGCUGACGGGCAUUGGCUUCCUGGCUGUGGGCCUUAUCGGCUUUGUGGUCAAGGUCAUCUUUAUCCCCAUCAACCAGAUCAUCAUUGGCACGACCAGCAGCAGCUAA